CCCUGUGGUCUUUAGAAAGUCAGUCAGUAGGUCAGUGUCCGGGUAGGUCUACGUGGUGAGGAGUGGGACCCUUGUCGUGCACCAACACCACGAUGGAUGACUAUCCGAUGUAUGGUCUACUCGUUGGGUUUUCCCUCUGGGGGACCCUCUGGUGUCUCCUCUUUCCUCUGGGGUUCUGGCACACGAUGACAUGUAGAGUAGAUACCCGGGGUGGUACUUCCACCAAGCCAUACUCGAAGGAGGAGGAAAAGAUGGCCGCCAUUCUGAGGGAAAGACAGGAGACGAGAGAGACCAAGAAGAAGGCCUUGAAGGAGGAGCAAGCGGCCAAGCUGAAAAAGAUUGAGGAGGAGAUGGCCAGAGAAAAUGAGAGGUUGAAGAAGGAAGAAGAAGAGAACCUGAAGACGGUGGAUGAAGAAGAGGAAGGUCCGCCACUGCAAAAGAGUAGUGGGCAGCCCAGUAGCAGUAGUGGUGGGGACCUGGAGAAGAGAAUAUCUGAGUGGGUUGCCAACCUGACUGUGGGAGAAGAGGAAGAGGUUAGUAUGUAUAUCCCGCAGGAUCAGCAAGAAGUUGCCAUGAGGGGUUGGGAUGCAGAGAAAGACCCCCUUAGACGCCAAGCGUUCGAAGACGAGAAGAGGAUGGAGUGGAAAUUAGCGGUGAUGAGGGAGAAAAAGAGGAGAGUYGACAAGGCAGCAGAGGCGGCAGAAGCAUUAGAGGAAGUUCAGGCAGAUCAGUAUGACUUCAGUAGGAGUCAAGAUAUAGUUGUGCGCUCGAUACGAUUGGGCUUUCGGGACUUUGCUCAUGAGCUGGUAGGCGCCGUUGGAGCCGAGGUGGGUCACCGCCUCGACAAGACUCAGCGGUUCUGCGCUGGCGCCAUUGAAGGCGUCAAGGCGGCAACUCCCAAGGAGGAGGAAGCAUGCCCUCCUCGCCGGGAGCCCGUCAAAGUCAAGUUCCCCGAUUCCUACAGUGGGAAGAGGGAGGAAAACUUUGACAAUUGGGAGGUCAACGUUAAGACCUAUGUGCACUUGCAACAGGUCUCCCCAGAUCAGCGAGUUUUAAUCUUUAUCCAUGCACUGAGAGAUGAGGCCGCCAUUUUUGCAAGGUCCCUAGUUCGUAUGGCCAACUGCAAUGAUGAUCCGGUUGCAUAUUCUGCGUUCACUCCCCUCACCGAUUUUAUCAAGUUGCUGUGCGAGCGUUUUGCUGAUGUCGCUCGCAGUGUUAAGGCCUCAGAUAAGCUCCAGACCAUCCACGCUCGUAAGUGGAAGAGUGCCAGGGCACUCAAGGGUACGAUGGAUGAGUUAGUGGCCGUCCCUGACCAUAAGGUCACAGAGGCCCAAUUGGUCAAUCUCUUAUACCGGGCCAUGCCCGAAGCCUUGCGAGGGCAUUUCUUCGCAAAGAGCGAAGACCCUGCCACUACGUACGAUUCUCUUAGUCGUGAAGUGGUGGUUUUCGAAGCCAAGUCUGCGUCCGUGUCUACCUUCUGGCACAGAGACCUGGACAAAGGAAAGCAAUGGAAGAGCCGCACUAUCUCAAGGCAAGUGAAGACUAAGGAUAGUAUUGUCCUAACUUUAGACGAGGGUAGUGUGGAUGAGAUCCCCUACGAUCAGAUUGAGUGGGGGUUAGAGGAGGAGGACAGCGGUGUGGGCCAGGGGAGAUCUUACGCUGCUGUCGCGGCUGGAGGGAGGCCGCAAGGAAGAGGCCUGGGCCAAGGGGGCCGGGCCUCAGGGAGCCGGUUCCAGGGCGAUCAGGGGGUUGGCGGCAGAGGAGGAAACCGCCAAGCGGGAGGCAGGGGUCAAGGUCCCCCGCAAAACCGUCCUAGGAACAGGUCUCCCUAUAGGAUAGGAGGAUGGCACCCAGGGCUACCGCAAGAGAAUUCUUUGGCACAUUGCUGCCUUAGUGCUCCUGCGUUCGCCAGAUUGGUGAAAAAGGAGAAUCUAGAGGAACAGGUUUUCGUUGCCUAUGUCAGGCCAGUGACUGAGCCUACGCAAGAGAAGCCGAUGGACCGUGCAAUCGCCAAGCUGCUGGAAGAGUUUAAAGAUUUGACUGAGCCACCGACAGGCACUGUGCCGUGGCCCAUCCAACACCGUAUUGAGAUAGAGCCUGGAAGUAGAACUCCUAAGGGUGCAGUGUAUAGGAUGUCCCCGCGAGAGUUAAAGGAGCUUCGCAAGCAAUUGGACGAGCUCCUCGAGAAGGGUUGGAUUAGGCCCAGUUCGUCUCCUUUCGGAGCGCCUGUCCUCUUUGUUCCUAAGAAGGAGGGAGAGUUGAGAAUGUGUAUAGACUAUAGGGGUCUGAAUGCGAUUACAGUGAAGAAUGCUGAGCCACUACCUAGGAUAGAUGAUCUUUUAGAUCGAGUGCAGGGGGCCAAGUAUUUUUCUAAGAUAGAUUUGAAGUCCGGAUAUCAUCAGAUAAAGGUACAUCCUGAUGAUCAGUAUAAGACAGCUUUCCGGACUAGGUACGGGCAUUACGAGUUCAUAGUGAUGCCCUUUGGACUAACCAAUGCGCCAGCUACGUUCCAGCGCUGUAUGAACGAUUUGUUUAGGCCGUGGUUAGAUAGAUUUGUUGUAGUUUAUCUAGAUGACAUCCUAGUGUUUAGCCGGACCCUUGAAGAGCAUCAGGGUCAUCUCAGGCAAGUCUUGGAAAAGCUGAGAGAAGCUAACUUCAAGAUCAAUGCAAAGAAGUGCGAUUGGGUGAAGACCCAAGUUUUGUAUUUAGGCCAUGUCUUAGACGGAGACAACGUUAAGCCAGAGGAUAGCAAAAUCACAGUGAUUAGAGAUUGGCCCACGCCACGUACGCUGACAGAGUUGCGCUCGUUUCUGGGCCUAGCUAACUAUUAUAGGAAGUUCGUGAGGAACUUCUCCACCAUCGCUGCGCCCCUUCGAAGAUUGCUGAGAAAGGAGACAAUCUGGAAGUGGGAUAAGGACUGCACGUCUGCCAUGAAGAAAUUAAAGUAGGCAUUGAUAGAGUACCUAGUCCUUAAAGUCGCCGAUCCGUCCUUGCCUUUUGUCGUCACGACCGAUGCGAGUCAAUACGACA